GGCCCGGCCCGGCCCGGGAGCGCCGCUGCUGCGCUGCGCUCUGCGGGGCGGGGGAGCGUGGCUGCCGGCGGCGGGGCAUGCGGCCGGCACGGCUCUGAACCCCCGGCCCUGAACCCCCGGCCAUGGCGGAGAAAGUUUCGGCGGCUUCGGAACGGGCGCGGGGCGCCGGCCACGUCGGCUCCUCUUGCUCCGGCUCCUCCUCGGGCUCGGAAACUCUCUCCGAGGAGGGAGAGGGCGGCGGGGCGGCGACGGCCCCCGGCGGGGCGACGGCUUUGCCGGAGCGGGCGAUGCCCGGCGGGCGGGCAGAGGACGACGCCUCGCUGGAGGAGCAGGAUGAGGAGCUUGAUCACAUACUGUCACCUCCACCUAUGCCUUUCCGAAAAUCCAGCAGUCCUGAAGUGUCUUCUGGCCUUGGGAAGUCUCCUAAAUUCAAGAGGCAGUUGAGUGAAGAUGGAAGACAGCUCAGGAGAGGAAGCCUUGGAGGAGCUCUGACUGGCAAAUAUUUGCUUCCCAGUGCAACUGGACAGCAGCUGUGGCAACCUAUAGAAACCACUAAUCUUGUUCGGAUGCGCUACCAAACAUUUGGACAGUCAGCACCUUCACUCACUGCUAGUUUGGAAGGGACGCCUCAGAAGAGUCAUUUCAGCUCAGCACGCCACCGUCAGAGACUAGUGGAACCAUCAGCUACAAAAAAAGAGUUGAGCCUUCCAAGAAGAGGAAGUUUCUGUAGAACAAGUAACAGGAAGAGUUUGAUGGGCAGUAGCCAGUCUCCAGCUCUGCCUCGGCCUCAUUCACCACUCUCAGCUCAUACAGGAAACAGUCCUCAAGAUAGCCCUAGGAAUUUCUCUCCCAGUGCCUCAGCCCACUUUUCUUUUGCACGAAGUCAUGGGCAUCGAAAUGACAGGACUGAUGGUCGCCGCUGGUCUUUGGCUUCUCUUCCUUCUUCUGGCUAUGGUACAAAUACACCCAGCUCAACUGUUUCUUCAUCCUGCUCAUCCCAAGAGAAGCUACACCAGUUACCAUACCAACCAACACCUGAUGAACUACAUUUUUUGUCUAAACAUUUCUGUACCACUGAGAGCAUUGCCAGUGAUAACAGGUGCAGGACAACUGCAAUGCGCCCUCGGUCCCGAAGUCUCAGCCCUGGACGUUCUCCUGCUUGCUGUGACAAUGAAAUAAUUAUGAUGAACCAUGUCUACAAAGAAAGGUUCCCAAAGGCCACAGCUCAGAUGGAAGAGAGGCUUCAGGAUAUUAUAACAAAUCAUUCUCCAGAGAACACCCUUCCUCUGGCUGAUGGAGUGCUCAGUUUUACCCACCAUCAGAUCACAGAACUGGCUCGAGAUUGUUUGGAUAAAUCUCACCAGGGCCUCAUCACAUCACGAUACUUCCUUGAAUUACAGCAGAAAUUAGACAAAUUGCUACAGGAGGCGCAGGAGCGAUCAGAGAGUGGAGAAAUGGCAUUUAUUAAACAACUUGUUCGCAAAAUCUUGAUAGUUAUUGCUCGUCCUGCACGCUUACUGGAAUGCCUGGAAUUUGAUCCCGAAGAGUUUUACUAUCUUUUGGAAGCAGCUGAAGGCCAUGCUAAAGAGGGGCAAGGCAUUAAAACAGACAUCCCUCGAUACAUUAUUAGCCAGCUGGGCUUAAAUAAAGAUCCUCUGGAAGAAAUAGCUCAGCUAGCUAAUUGUGACAGUGGGACAGCAGAAACUCUGGAAGCAGAUGAAUCAGUAAAUAGCUCUAAUACCUCGCUGAAGCUACAGAGGAAACCUCGGGAAAGUGAUUUUGAAACAAUUAAACUGAUUAGUAAUGGAGCUUAUGGUGCGGUUUAUUUUGUGAGACACAAAGAAACCAGACAAAGAUUUGCCAUGAAGAAGAUUAAUAAGCAGAAUCUCAUCCUCCGAAACCAGAUCCAACAGGCCUUUGUUGAGCGUGAUAUCCUGACAUUUGCAGAAAAUCCAUUUGUUGUCAGCAUGUAUUGCUCCUUUGAAACAAGACGUCAUUUAUGCAUGGUCAUGGAAUAUGUAGAAGGUGGAGACUGUGCUACUUUGAUGAAGAAUAUGGGUCCCUUACCUGUAGACAUGGCAAGGAUGUACUUUGCAGAGACUGUUCUGGCCUUGGAAUACCUUCAUAAUUACGGAAUUGUACACAGGGAUUUGAAACCUGACAAUCUGUUGGUAACAUCCAUGGGCCAUAUAAAGCUUACAGACUUUGGCCUAUCAAAAGUGGGGCUAAUGAGUUUGACUACCAAUCUGUACGAGGGUCACAUUGAGAAGGAUGCCAGAGAAUUCCUCGACAAACAAGUCUGUGGUACACCUGAAUACAUAGCCCCUGAAGUGAUACUGAGACAGGGUUAUGGAAAACCAGUGGAUUGGUGGGCUAUGGGAAUUAUUCUUUAUGAAUUUCUUGUUGGAUGUGUGCCAUUCUUUGGAGAUACACCAGAAGAGCUCUUUGGACAAGUAAUCAGUGAUGAAAUCAACUGGCCUGAAAAGGAUGAAGCACCACCUCCAGAUGCCCAGGAUCUGAUUACUCUGCUACUUAGGCAGAAUCCUUUGGAAAGACUGGGAACAGGUGGUGCAUAUGAAGUAAAGCAGCAUCAGUUCUUCAGGAGCCUUGACUGGAAUAGUCUUCUGAGGCAGAAAGCAGAAUUUAUUCCACAGUUGGAGUCUGAAGAUGACACAAGUUAUUUUGACACUCGUUCUGAAAAAUACCACCAUAUGGAAACUGAGGAAGAAGAUGAUACCAAUGAUGAAGAUUUUAAUUUAGAGAUAAGACAGUUCUCUUCAUGUUCAAACAGAUUUUCGAAAGUUUUUAGUAGUAUAGAUCGAGUCACUCAAAUUCAAGGUGAAGAAAAGGAAGAUGCAGGAGACAAAACAAAAAGUGUAGCAUUGCCUUCUGUGGAAUCUUUAAGCUGGAGUUCAGAAUAUUCUGAAAUACAGCAAAUAUCUACAUCCAUUUCAUCAGAGACUGACAGUAGCCGGCAGCAACGCAGUUCUGGUUUGCUUCCAAAAUUGUCUGUAUCAGCUGAAGGAGAACAGGAUGAUUCCACCAGCUCACGGGGACCCCGGGAGGAGCAGGAAAAGUCUGCAUUUGUGAGCGAUGAAAUAGUGCAAGACGAACCUGAAGUAACCACUCCAGCAAGUACAAUCAGCAGCUCCACACUGUCAGUUGGCAGUUUCUCAGAACACUUAGAUCAAAUAAAUGGAAGAAGUGAGAGUGUGGACAGUACAGAGAACUCCUCAAAGCCAACUGGUGAAGUUGCAUCUCACAUGGCUCGACAGCGAUUGGAAAGCACGGAGAAAAAGAAGAUCUCUGGAAAAGUCACAAAGUCCCUUUCUGCAAGUGCUUUGUCCCUCAUGAUCCCAGGAGAUGUGUUUGGUGUUUCUCCUUUGGGAAGUCCUAUGUCUCCUCAUUCCCUGUCAUCUGACCUUUCAUCAUCCCGAGAUUCGUCUCCCAGCCGUGAUUCAUCAAUUGCUGCUGCAAGUCCUCAUCAGCCAAUUGUAAUACACAGUUCAGGGAAAAAGUAUGGCUUUACCAUCCGAGCAAUCCGGGUUUACGUGGGUGACAGCGAUAUCUACACUGUGCACCAUAUUGUUUGGAAUGUGGAAGAAGGAGGUGCAGCUUACCAGGCAGGUUUAAAAGCUGGAGACCUGAUUACUCAUAUCAAUGGAGAGCCAGUGCAUGGUCUUGUUCAUACAGAAGUCAUUGAAUUGUUGUUAAAGAGUGGCAACAAAGUCUCAGUAAUGACAACUCCUUUUGAAAACACUUCCAUCAAGACAGGACCUGCCAGGCGGAACAGCUACAGGAGCCGAAUGGUUAGGCGCAGCAAGAAGACCAAGAAGAAGGAGAGUUUAGAGAGGAGGAGAUCUCUCUUUAAAAAGCUGGCAAAGCAACCCUCACCUCUUCUUCAUACAAGCAGAAGCUUUUCCUGCCUGAACCGAUCACUUUCUUCAGGGGAGAGCUUGCCUGGGUCUCCAACCCACAGCUUAUCUCCUAGGUCUCCUACCCCAAGCUACCGUUCCACUCCUGAUUUUCCAUCAGGUACUAACUCUUCCCAGAGUAGCUCCCCUAGUUCCAGUGCUCCCAAUUCUCCAGCUGGUUCAGGGCACAUAAGACCCAGCACUCUUCAUGGCUUGGGCCCAAAACUUGGUGGGCAGAGAUACAGAUCAGGAAGGCGCAAAUCAGCUGGCAGCAUUCCCCUUUCUCCUCUUGCACGGACACCUUCUCCAACACCCCAGCCAACAUCUCCUCAGCGAUCUCCAUCACCAUUGCUGGGACAUUCGAUUGGAAGUACAAAAAUAGCUCAGUCUUUUCCUAGCAAAAUGCACUCGCCUCCAACUAUUGUGAGGCAUAUUGUCAGGCCAAAGAGUGCAGAGCCACCAAGAUCUCCACUGUUGAAGAGAGUCCAGUCUGAAGAGAAACUUGCACCCUCUUAUGGCAGUGAUAAAAAACACUUAUGUUCACGAAAACACAGUCUGGAAGUGACCCAGGAGGAAGUGAAUAGAGAAUUGUCUCAAAGAGAAGUAACUCUUCAGAGCUUGGAGGAGAAUGUUUGUGACGUGCCAUCACUCACACGAGUCAGGCCUGCAGAGCAGGGCUGCUUGAAACGACCCAUCUCCCGAAAACUAGGUAGACAAGAAUCUAUUGAUGAGCUAGACAGAGAGAAGCUGAAGGUUAAGGUAGUUAUGAAAAAGCAAGAUUUUGCUGAAAAAGCAAAUACUGCUAUACAUGAACCUAGCAGCGAACCAGAAAAUCCCAAUACCUUAAGACUGGAAGAAAGAGACAAAAAAGCAUUCCAGAAGGUAUUAGAAAGAUCAAACCAGUUUGAAGCAAAAAUUGUUGCUGUGGAGACCCAGUCAGCUGGUGGCAUACUCAAAGACACCCUUCAAAAGAAUGCAAACUUGAGAUCAAAUGAUGGUGUUGCUUUAGAUGGACAGAUGUGUCAUGGGCCUCCCCCUAAUGAUCUCAGUCAUAUUUCUUAUGACUGCAAAAGAAUUUCCCCUUCAUGUACCCUGCAAGAUGUGCUACCUCAGUCAUCUGAUAAGAUACUUAAUGGAAAGGGAGAAAACACAGAUAAAAUUUUACCAACAAAAGAAUUUGUCAAAUUCGAAAGAUUAGAUGGUAAACUUGCAAAUAUUGAUUAUCUCAGAAAGAAAAUGUCUAUUGAAGAGAAAGAUGACAGUGUCUGUCCAGUGCUAAAACCUAAGAUGACAUCUAAUGUUCAUGAAUGCCUUCAACUUAAUACAGGCAGGCCUGUAAACAUACAGCAGGACUCCAGUGCAGUUGCAGAUGGUAGAGCAUUUAUUGGCAGUGCACAUGCUACUCAGAUGAACUCAGUUUCUUUUGUUCCUCUCAAGACCUUGAGUGGCCGAGCAGACAUGAGCGUGGAAAAACCAGCCCUUAUUUCUUCUGAAGCUCCUGUCAGAAAAAGUCCUUCAGAAUAUAAGCUUGAUGGGAGGUCUGUUUCCUGUCUGAAGCCAAUAGAAGGCACACUAGACAUUGCGUUACUAUCUGGGCCACAGGCUUCGAAGACUGAGCUGCCUUUGUGUGUGCUGCCAGAAGGACAGAGCACCAGCAGUGAUGGGGGAUCUCCUAAACCCCCAGUGCCACAGGGGAGUGGUGGGAAGGCAGAAAUGGUCUCUCAGAAAGAGCAGUUGUUAAGCUGCCCAAAAUCUGGCAAAGUUAACAUAGCAGAGCCUCAGGUUCUACAAGUAGGCAAGAGUUGUCCAAAUCCACCACUCAUCUCUGUGGCUACAGAAGCAGUGACAGAGAAAAAGGUUUCUAGUCCGGCCACUAAAGGCAGUACUUCUGUUGUUGAAGCUGUUCAGAAGAAAGAUACCUCCCCUUCAAAACAAAAGGACCAUUCAGUGGAGGUAAAGUCUUGUGUUACUCAAAGUCAGAGUUUAAAAACUACUCAAACAUAUUCCAAACCUUUUGCUUGCCAAAUCACUCCUGAAAAAGUUGUAGGAAAAGAGAAACAAAUACAGAAAGAGUUGCCUGUCAAACAGCCAGUGUCCCAGAGAGGUUGUGAGCCUAUCCCUGCAAAGGUGGAAGUGAUCAGGGAGUCAUCUCUGAAGGUUUCUGUCUCAGACGUCCUGAUAACAACCUGCUCCAAGAGCAGUGAAAAAAAAUCUGCUGAUUUUGCCAUUCCACCUGAGAUGCAAGGAAAAACGCAGUCAUCUGACUCCAAGGCACAACCUAAGGAUGGCAGAGAAUCACUGAAACAACUAGGCAAAGAUGACAGCAGUAUUUCUAAAAGUUUUGUGGAAAGGGAAAUAAGCAAGCAGAAAGCUGAGUCUAGGAAAGUUGUCACAGAGGCAAAGAGUGAUGCUCUUCCAUCCAAAUGGCCCGUGCAGCCCUCAAGAGAUUGUGAUCAUAAAAUUGAGAAGUCUGCACCAGUUUCCUCUGUGCAGAAGGACAGUGCAAAAGACAUGGGAAAGAAAGAUCAGAAAUCACUCACCGAUAUGAGGCUUCAAACUAAUGAGAGAGAGCAGUCCAGCCAAGUUCCUCGGCAGCACCUUAACACUUCAGGCUCCCCUGCUGUGAAAGAGGCAAUAAGCAGGCACAGCACUAUAGAAGUUCAUGCAGGCAUUCAAGAACACUUGAAGCCUGCUGCCAUCUGUGUGGAAAACAGCACUAAUAAACCCAGGCCAGCCUCUGAUACAAGUUCCUCCAAGUCUAAGUCCUUCGAUAAACAGACAUUGUCACAAAAACCAAGUGCUCCAGCCAUAAAAGAAAAAGAAAUUGUUACUCAGUUGUCUACCAGCUCCCAGAAGGAUGGAAAGCAUGCCAGUAAAAGCGUCCUGGAUCACCUUUCUUCUGCUCCAGGCUCUUCAAGAAGAAUGAACACUGAACAUGUGCAGGCUGAAAGGCCUGUGGGCUUGGACCAUGGCUCAGUCACCACCCUCCAAAUGAGCAGCACAGCCCCUGACACCAAACCCAAAUCCUCUGCUGUGGGCCCAGUACCAACCAGUCCAGAGAGUUCUAAGCAGAUGCAGAGGCAAGAAGCAGCAGGCUUGGGGGAAUCUGCUGAUCAAAAGCAGCUUCGUUUCAGUGAAAAACAAACCACUGCUCCAAAGUUUUCCACUGUGAAAGACUGUCUCUCACUGAACAAAGAGGCAGAGAGAAGUCCUAGUAAUGAGAUGAUCGCUGCAGACAGAAGACCUGAAGGAAAAAUAUGCACAGAUGCACUUUAUGUUCAGCUUGACAGUGGGAAAGUGGAGCCUACCCUUUGUCUCACAACCUGUGAUGUCAGAGGGAAAGGAGCAGAAAAGGCAACUGCAACUAGCAAAAUCUCUCAAGACAUAAAAGGAAAGGGACAAGUUAAUCAGAAACAGCCAGAGGAUGCAAACAAGCAGACUGCAAUAAAACAUCUGCCGGCUGCCAGUGGGCAAAGUUCUUGUCGUGUGGCUGCAACACUGGGAAAGCCACUGCCUUGUUCAUCCAAUUUCUCUGAAUGUAGACAGGACGUAUCUGUUUCAGCCAAACGUGAGGCAUCUUCAGCAAAGGUUAAACCAGGCUCAUCAGAGCUUCCUGCAACUUGCAAGGAACUAAGUAAGAAAAGCACGUCUUCUACAGGGAGCAGUAAGGCAGAAAUGACUAAGAGUGUUUCACUGAUGGCCUUGCACAGUGCCGCUAUUGUAGCAGAAGUCCACCACCCUGCUUCAAACCUUGGGGGGAAACCUGGAAAUCAAGAAAAGCCUCUUUUCGUUAACACUGUGGAUGUAAAGGGAAAAGAUACUGUUCUGACUCAGCAGUCUGCUUCAAGAAAACAGAAUGUAGGUAAAGAUUUACCUAGGUCAGCAGCCACACCUGACCGCCCUAACGCACUUUCAGAUGACAAAGACUCAGCUCGGCAGCGUCGAGGAAAGGAAGUUUCACGGAGCAGUGCUCACAAAAAAAUGUGUUAAGACCUGGCAAGUGUGUAUUCAACACUAGCUGAAACAAUUUCAAUAUGUUGUACUGCCUUUAAACCAGCACUGUGUCGUGUCUUUGUGCGGCAAAGCUUUCAUGUCACUGAAGAAACAAUACAAGGGGAUAUGUAAAGAGAGGACUUUUUUUCAAAAUGCCUUUCCAAUUGUAACCGGUAAAACUGUUACCACAUAGUAUUUGUACAAAAAUACCUUUACAGCCUAGAGCUGUUGAAAAUACUUCUUCUGUAAAUACUUAGCAAUGUGUUUGGGGUUUGAAUGUAGCAUAUAUACUUUGCUGCUGGUUGCGUUGUUUACUCUUUCCCUUUUUAAGAUAGUUGCUUUGCCACGUAUUUGCCAUACUCGAAUAUGAAACCAAAUUACUAAAAUUCAGAGCUGGCAUGGACAUGCACAAGCAUUGGUCUGACUGGGGAAAAAAAACAAAACAGGCCACAUUUUUAUUAAUUAAUUAACCUAGAUAGAGGCUAAAAAAUACUAGUACAGAAUAAUACAGUGACCUAUUGUGAGUUUUUACAUGUAUUUUUAAUAAUCUGAUUUUGAUAGUACUGUACUUGGCUGACUGCUUCACCAGAUCUAACACAAGAAGUAACUGCAUCUCCCUGCUGCACAAAGCCUGAAUAGAGUAGAUGUCCUUAAAACUAUGGGAAGACCGCUUAAUUAUUAGGGCAUCCCAGCAAGAGUUGUGUUCUCUGGUGAAAUGAUGGUUCUUGUCUUGUCUGUUGGGAGUGUAUUGUAUGACUUUCACCUCAGACAGGGCUGAAAUUUUGAAGCACAUGCCAUGUGCUUAGUUUUUUUGCUGCAAUCCUCUCGAGUUCCUUGAGCUUUUUUAAAUUCAGGCCCUUACAGUGUGAGGCUCAAGUAUAAGCACAUGACUGGUAGUACUAGUAUGUUCAUCCCUGUUCCUAAUACAUUUAGAGAAUACGUAUUAUGGCAUAUAGGUCUGUUUAAUUAGUGUCAGCUGGUAGCUGUUUUCUAUUUUAUGACAAGUAAGCUAAAAAGAAAAAAUACACUUCGGCAUCAUAUCCUCAGAAAAGUUUAGGCUAUCUGACACGUUUUCAUACAUAGCUGGGGCCUUAUGUUGUAGACCUAACUUGCUGUUUUUAGCAAGUAAUCCUGGGUUUCAUAUUCAUUUUAAAAUGCAUUGAGUAGCUCCAUACAUUUCAUAACAUAAUCUUUUUAUUUGUAUGCAAAAAAAUUCAAUACUGUAAUUAUAAAAGAAGCAUUUUUUAACAAAGGAACUUGUUGGAGCUAUUUGGUGCUAGAAUGUUACUGUCUUUUUACUUUUGCUAAGCCUUAUUUAAAUUUUGUAUACAGUGGAACGUGUAGACUUUGAUCAUUUUUGUGUGGAGUAUUUAGCUUGUUUUGAGGGAUGAAAGGUAAAAUUUGAAACAUGUACAGAAGCACUACAAAAUACCCUUGCAGGCGCAUGGGUUUUAAUAAUUGGGGAUCAAUAGAAUGGUCAUUUUGCUUAUUUCUGUUUUCUGUAGCCACAGUAGAGCUAGGCCCCUACAUAUUUCACCAACGCUUAUGGUUUGUCUUUCUGUCUCAAAAGCUAGAAAUUUUUUUGUAAAAGCACAGUGUAAUCUUGACUUGGAGACUUGUGUGACAACAGACAGUGUGCAGAAUUAAUUACCCUCUGCUGAAAACUUUUAUUAUACUGAUUUGUUGAGUUGGAUUACAGCAAACCAGUAAGGAAAAUCCAGUAUCACAAACAACUCCUGAUUUUACAUGUGGCACUAGAACAUCAACACUGCCUUUGAUGCAUUCAGAAAGGAGGUAGUAAGAAGUGGAUAAUAAUUUUUGAGAAGUUUUAAAAAUAAAAUGGUCUCAACAUUUACAGUUCAUCUGUGCUUUGGCAAUUAAUACAAAUGAAUGCUGAUGCACUUCAAAACAACAUUUCUGGGAGAUACUUCCUAGUUUACAGUAUCUGCAUUUUUUCAGCUAUCCUCUUGUUUCUUUUAAAAACCAUCUAGCUUUUGUUUACAGUAUACCUUUAUGAAUAUUUUGUAUUAUCACUUCUGACAAAUAAGUUCUUUGCAUUUUGGAAGUGUAACAGUGCAUAAGCUUGUGUUUAUGUAGUAACUGUUUGUUGGUGUUUACCUUAUAAGUGAGCUGUUAGAGGUCCUCCUGCCUGUGUUUUUCUUGGUCAGUCUUAAUGUGAUUAUAGAUCUGAUGUGUUCUUUUGUAGACUUCCUGCAGUAGAUUUCUCAGCUUACAAAAAAAAUUUAAAAGUUGAAAAAAAAUCGUUAGGGUCUGUGCAAUAAAGUGUUUGCAGUCUUAUUUUCUCUGAGAAACUCCUUAUGGAUGUCAUAAUUGUUAUAUAUUGAACACAGUUAUUUAUACUUAUGCAGUUGCAUAACAUUGAAAUAAAAAUUCAGCAUGAAA